GCUGGUCGUAGGCAGUUGGUGGUAGCAGUCCGCGCGGCCCGCUCGACGCGCGCGCAGCUCAACGCAUCACGUGCCGACCAAUCAUAAAAACAAAAUCAAUUAUCGUAAAAUUUAAAAUUCGAAUUUAAAAUUUUAGAAUAGAAUUCGGAUUUUCCGCAGUCGAUAAGGAUUUUUGCGAUAAGUGAAAGUUAUUGCUGUCUUGUUUCCAUGAUGCGGUGGACCAUUUUAUUCGGCAUAUUAGGAUUAAGCUGGCACGUAAAAUGCGAAGAAGGAUUAAAAUAUGACAACCACUCGCUGGUCCGUCUCAUCCCCAAGACGGAGCAGCAGCUGUCAGCUGUGCACCAGCUCCCAGACGCCGGCGAGAUGGAGGUGCUGAAGAGAAGCCGCAUGGUCAACGACAGCUUCGAUGUCCUCGUACCAGAGACGAAAAAGGGCUACAUGGAAGACUUCGCCAAAGAACACGGCAUGGACUUUCACGUGAAGGAGGAUAAUUAUGGCAGAUCGUUUGCUCCAGUGCAGCGCAGCGCGCGGCGUCGCUCCAACCAGCGACUCAACAUCUUCGGAUACAACUCCUUCGAUACUAUCAACGCAUUCCUGGAGCAGACAGCCGCCGCCCACCCCGGCCUGGCGCAGGUGCAGCCGCUGAAGAGGAGCUCGCAGGGACGGCAGCUGAAGCUCAUGAAGAUCUCCACCAACCCUGGCGCUAAUAACCCCAUCAUAUUUGUGGAUGCUGGCAUCCACGCGCGUGAGUGGGCGGCUCCAGCCAUGGCGGUGUACCUCAUCCACCGGCUGACCAGCGACCCCGCGGCUCGGGAGGAUGAGCUGAAUGGAGUCGACUGGUACAUCCUGCCCAACGUCAACCCCGAUGGCUACGAGUUCACGCGCUACAGUCGAGGGAACCGUCUGUGGAGAAAGACCCGGUCUCGGUCCUCGGCCCGCAGCGACUGCUUCGGCGUCGACGGCAACCGCAACUACGGGUUCAAGUGGGGGGUGAGCGGCGUCUCGCGGGACCCCUGCAACCAGGAGACCUACGCCGGGCCCGAGCCCUUCUCCGAGCCCGAGACUCGCAUGGUGCGUGACGUCAUGAUGGAAAACGCCAAGCGACUCAAGCUCUACGUCUCACUCCACUCCUACGGAAACUACCUCGUCUACCCGUGGGGCUACACCGGCGCCAGCCUGCCUGACGACUGGAGGAAGCUGGACACGUUAGCGCAUAAAGUGUCAAAAGCGAUAGUAGGGGCUGGAGGGUCUCCGCUCAAGGUGCUGAGUGCGGGCCACUGGUACCCGGCGGCGGGGGGGAGCGACGACUACGCGUACGGCGUGGUCGGGGUGCCGUACUCGUACACUAUGGAGCUGACGGACGGCUACGAGUUCCAGUUACCAGCCAAGAUGUUGCCGAAGCUGCUGCCUCAGUUCUAUGAAGGGUUCAAGGAGUUCGCCAGGAACAUUAGAAGCGAGUUCGGCACCGUCAGGUCGCGGGAUGCCGAGUAGAAUGUUGACGCGUAAUUGUAUAUUUGUGUAGAAUAUUAAAUGUAUUGGUCUCGUUUUGUAGUAUUUAUUGAAUUGACAUAUUGAGUAGGUAAAUAAUUGAAUUACUAAAUAGGUCUGUAUCAUGUUUAAAUUAACUAAAUGCUAAGGCCUGUAUACUUAUGAGAUUUUUUGACCCUUACUGUCCCUUGAAAAUAACAUAUUUAUAAAACCUAAAGUGACAUCUUGUUAUUGAUAAAUUAAUCUUUUAGUAUCUU